CAUUGGUGCUGUCAAGUUUGUGCGCGAAAAUGCGAAAGUAAAUUUUAAGAUGUGUUUUGAAUUGUACGAAGAAAUAUAAUCGUUAAACAUAAGAUUUACCAUGUGAAUUUCACAAUUAAUAUAAAAAUGGAUAAUCCAAAGAAAAAGUUAAAAGUAGAUCGUUGCUUAGAAUGGCUCAAGAAACAAAAUGAACAAGAACCAAAAAAGUUGGCAUUGCAGAAUAAAAAUGACAUUCAGUUUAUCAUACAAACUAACGCUGAUAGAAAGAAUUUUCUCCUCGCCGCUGCUGAAGAUGAGGCUACGUUGCCUUUGGCAGUAGACGACAUUGAAACAGAACCUAAAGCAAUUCCUUUACGUGAAUUACGACGAUCUGGUUUGGUGUUAGAAUGCGAUUGGCUUUCGUGUCGCUGGAAGUUUACAGACUAUGAGGAAUUCCAAACACAUGUUGCGAAACAUGUUUCUGAUCUGCAUCUCAUACCAGAAGAAGACAAAUCUAAAUAUUUCUGCUCAUGGGAUACAUGUGGACACAAGACUGUUGACUUAUCAGAGAUGGUCCGUCAUAUCAACUAUCAUGCAUACCAUGCAAAGCUCUUAGCUAUUGGUUUAAACGGCAGAGCUACAUUGAACCUGGCUGAGUGUAAGAAAGACUCCAGUAAGAGGAAUCAAUUGCCGAGUAAUAUUAGUGAACAUCGCUGUUUAUGGGUUGGUUGUACGAAGGCAUAUCAAUCAAUUGAGGAAUUCAUCAAGCAUGUCAAAGAGCAUAUAGACAACUCGAGAAAUUUGUGUUCAUGGGCCGGAUGUGGUGCGACAUUCACACGUCGUACGUUGUUCAUAGCGCACGUACGUUCCCAUACUGGAGAACGACUCAUCGCUUGUUACCACUGCGGACAACACUUUGCCAAUAAUCGGAAACUUUGUGAUCAUAUACGGAGACAGAAUGUGAACCCACAAUCGAACAUCCGCUGUGACUUCUGCGGUGUGUUUUGCGCUAGUGAGUAUUUAAAGCGUGAACAUGCGCGUCAACAUGUGUCGUUGUUCGCGUGCUCUAUGUGCGACAUGACCGCGCCCACACUCUCUGCGCUUGCGCAACACGUACGCUACCGACAUGUCGCCGCGCGCCCACACCCCUGCCCGCACUGUGAAUACAGGGCGAUAACAAAACGUGAUUUACGGAAACAUAUUCCGACUCACACUAGAAAAAAGAGAAAAUUAAAAGGCGCAGAUAAGUCUAGCGAAGCAGAAUUAUCUGAUGAAGAUUCUGAUGAGGAAGUGAGUAAGAAACCUAAAGAGAAGAGGAAAUAUGUCUGUCAUAUGUGUCCGGAGAAGGAAAAGAAGAUAUUCUCCAGAGGGACUCGGCUGACUACACAUCUAGUGAAAGUUCACGGAGCUCAGUGGCCGUGUGGUUAUAGCCGGUUCAGGUAUCAACUCAGUGAAGACGGUAUGUACCGUUUGACGGAAACAAGAUUCGAGGAGUUUGAAUUGUCACAAAAAAUAGUAGACGGGUACAGUGAUCCAAAAAAAUCUCUCACCGAUUCCUAUGAUUUUGAAGUACAAAGAGUGUCCGAAGCUACGGCAACAUCGCCCGUACAUUUCGAGAUACGAUUAAAAAGUGAUAAAAACAAUCAACCAGAUGAAACAUCAGUUGAAAUAACGAUGUGUGAUGUUGAUGAACAAGGAAAUAUUAUAAAUUCUGAAGUUAUAAAAUCAGAUGUGGUUUAUACUUAACUACCUCUACCCGCGACUUCGCCUAAUGUAUAUAUUUAUAUCGAAAUAACAGCCUAUAAAUAAUUGAAGCUUCUAACUGAAAAUAUGAUAUACCCGUACUAAUUUCCACCCCACUUUACCACAACUCCUUUUUCGCGUUAAAAAGACCAUAACCUUUCCCAGGGUCUCUACCAAAUUUCAUUUAAAUUAAGUACUUUUUACGUGAAAGUAGGACAGACAGAUAGACAAAGUUACUUACGCGUUGAUAAUAUUUUUAAGGAUUUGACUUAUGUUAGGAUUUUAUAUAGAAAAUAUAAGCAGAUUUUUUACUAAUAUUUCUUGUACCAAGCUCCAUGCUUGUGCUACAGCAUGGUUUACGAUAAUCUAAUGACGGGAUUCGAACCUCGACCUCAUGAUCGGAAAUCCGUACCCUUAACCAUUAGGCUAUUGACGCUUUAUCAAAAGGCAAAAGUGAUUAGUUUUCAACAUUUUUAUAAGGUUUUUACUUUGAAUUAUAAGUUUUAAUAGAUUUACUGUAUAGACUAGACAUAUAGACAAAACAAAUUAAUGCAAUCAUUUAUAUUAGGGAACAUACCCAUACUACUUGACCUAUUUUUUUUAGUU